UUGUAGGCGGCGCACGCCAAUCAUUACAGAAAUAUUUGCACGGAGAGUGGUACCCCUCCUAGAAGGGACAAGCUGUGGCGUCUUGCGGCAAAAGGGAAUCCAGAAGAAUAAUUCGUUUUAAACAUGUAUGGUUUUGUCAAUCACGCCUUGGAACUUCUGGUACUCAGAAAUUAUGGGCCUGAAGUCUGGGAAGACAUCAAGAAGGAGGCUCAGCUGGAUGUGGAGGGCCAGUUCCUCGUCAGAAUCAUAUACGAGGAUGCUAAAACGUAUGACCUUGUCGCAGCUGCCAGUAAAGUGCUAAAGAUUGAUGCGGGUGACAUCCUGCAAAUGUUUGGGAAAAUGUUCUUUGAGUUCUGCCAGGAAUCCGGCUAUGAUACCAUCCUGCGGGUGCUUGGAUCCAAUGUUCGAGAGUUCCUGCAAAACCUAGACGCUCUGCAUGACCACCUGGGCACCAUUUACCCCGGCAUGCGGGCGCCGUCUUUCAGAUGCACGGACGCUGAGAAGGGCAACAACCUCAUCCUGCACUACUACUCUGAGCGAGAGGGCCUGCAAGACAUCGUAAUCGGAAUCAUCAAAACUGUGGCACAGCAGAUCCAUGGGACCGAAAUAGAAAUGAAGGUCAUUCAGCAGAAGAGUGAAGAGUGCGAUCACAUCAAGUUUCUCAUCGAGGAGAAGGACUCGGAGGAGGAGGCGUUUUACGAGGACCUGGACGGGUUCGAGGAGAACGGGACCCAGGAGACCAGGAUCAGCCCUUACACCUUCUGCAAGGCCUUCCCCUUUCACCUGAUGUUCGACCGUGACCUGGUGCUCACACAGUGCGGGAACGCCAUCUUCCGUGUUCUGCCCCAGCUUCAGCCUGGGGCCUGCAGUUUGCCCUCGGUGUUCUCUCUGGUGCGCCCCCACAUCGAUUUUAGCUUCCACGGAAUCCUCUCGCACAUCAACACUGUCUUUGUGCUUAGGAGCAAGGAGGGCCUCCUGAAUGUGGAAACGCUGGAGAGCGAGGACGAGCUGACGGGGGCCGAGAUCAGCUGCCUGAGGCUGAAGGGUCAGAUGAUCUACCUGCCCGAGGCCGAGAACGUCCUGUUCCUCUGCUCCCCCAGUGUGAUGAACCUGGAUGACCUGACUCGGCGCGGGCUGUACCUGAGCGACAUCCCGCUGCACGACGCCACGCGGGACCUGGUGCUGCUGGGAGAGCAGUUUCGCGAGGAGUACAAGCUGACGCAGGAGCUGGAGAUCCUCACCGACCGGCUGCAGCACACGCUGCGCGCCCUGGAAGAUGAGAAGAAGAAGACAGACAGGUUGCUGUACUCAGUUCUUCCGCCGUCCGUCGCUAACGAGCUGCGGCACAAGCGACCGGUCCCGGCUAAGCGCUAUGACAACGUGACCAUCCUCUUCAGCGGAAUCGUUGGCUUCAACGCCUUCUGCAGCAAGCACGCCUCUGCCGAGGGCGCCAUAAAGAUCGUCAACCUGCUCAACGACGUGUACACCAGGUUCGACAUCCUGACCGACACCCGCAGGAACCCCUAUGUGUACAAGGUGGAGACGGUUGGGGACAAGUACAUGACGGUCAGCGGCCUCCCGGAGCCUUGCACCCACCAUGCCCAGUCCAUCUGCCACCUGGCUCUGGACAUGAUGGAGAUAGCCGGCCAAGUCAAAGUGGACGAGGAGCCAGUACAGAUAACCAUUGGGAUCCACACUGGAGAGGUUGUCACAGGGGUCAUAGGUCAGAGGAUGCCUCGCUACUGCCUGUUUGGAAACACAGUAAACCUGACGAGUCGGACAGAAACCACAGGAGAAAAGGGAAGGAUUAACAUGUCUGAAUACACGUACAGGUGUUUGCAAUCAGCUGAAAAUGCAGACCCACAGUUCCACCUGGAAUACCGGGGGCCUGUCGCAAUGAAGGGCAAAAAGGAGCCAAUGAAAGUGUGGUUUCUGUCAAGGAAAAUGGCGGAAGGUGACAUGUGACCAGUAGUGUCCGAACUGUGAAUGUUCAUUUGAAGCUGUUCUCCAUUCAUGGGCUCUGCAGCACUUAUUAGUAGCAUUUACUUUAUGGUAAAUAUGCAAGACAACACACAUUCUAUUAGUAAAUAUUUAAAAAUCACCCCUUUAAAGGGACUACUUUCACCGUGUAUAUAUAUAUAUAUAUAUA